AUUCCGACCGUGUUCCCAUCACACAUUAAAAAUCACACCAACAGUCAAGAGAUACUGCAGUUUCCACUUUCAGCUAAGCUAGCAACUCCUGAGCAAGACUGCAACCUUGCUGGUAACUUGUGGAGUACUAGUUGUGUAGACGCACCAACCGCGCGCUUUGAAUUCCAAAGUUUUUAGUACAAUCUGUACUGUACGUGUUCUCAUUUCACUCCGUCCGGGUCCGACAUGAUUGAAGCCAAACGCGUGCUACCUCUCCUCUUCCUCUAUGGCCUCCACCUUGCACCCGCCUUUGCCGCCGGCGACUGCAGCAGCGACGGUGACAAGUUUGUCUACUCCAGCUUCGCAGCCGCGAGCCUCACCCUCGACGGCGCGGCCAUGGUGACGCCGCGCGGCCUCCUCCAGCUGACCAGCGAGACGGCGUUGAGCAAAGGCCACGCGUUCCACCCGACGCCGCUGCAACUCCGCGCGCCGCUGUGCGGUGCCCAGAAGAAGGCGGCGGCGGCGGUCCGGUCGUUCUCGGCCUCAUUCGUGUUCGGCAUCGUGCCGGUCACCCCGGGCAUGGGCGGCCACGGCCUCGCGCUUGUCGUCGCCCCGUCCAAGGACCUCUCCUCCGCGAUGGCCAGCAACUACAUCGGCCUCCUCAACAGCUCCAGCAACGGCAGCGUGCACAACCACAUCGUCGCCGUGGAGCUCGACACCAUCCAGAGCCCCGAGUUCCACGACAUCAACGACAACCACGUCGGCGUCGACGUCAACAGCCUCGUCUCCGUCGACGCAGCCAGCGCUGGCUACUACGACGACCGCACCGGCGAGCUGAGGAACCUCACCCUGGUCAGCGGCGAGGUCAUGCGGGCGUGGGUGGACUACGACGGCGACGCCACGCGGAUCGACGUCACGCUGGCGCCGGUCGGGACAGAGAGGCCCAAGAAGCCGCUGGUCUCGGCCACGGUCGACCUCUCGACGGUGAUAAUCGCCGAUGUGGCUUACGUCGGCUUCUCGUCAUCGACGGGCAGGCUGAGCACGCUCCACUACGUGCUCGGCUGGAGCUUCGCCGUGGGUGGGCCGGCUCCGGCCAUCGACAUGGCCAGUCUGCCACCGCUACCUGACAGAAGAAACUCAGGGUCUCGCUCUCGCCCGUCCAAGACCAUGACACUGGCGAUAGCUCUUCCGGUAGCCGUCGGCGCGCUCGCCAUCAUCAUCGCCAUGGCUGCCUGCGUUCUCCUCGUCGUGCGGCGCCGGUACAGGUACAUCGAGUUGCGCGAAGACUGGGAGAUCGAGUUCGGGGCGCACCGGCUCCCGUACAAGGAUUUGUUCCUCGCCACCGAUGGGUUCAAGGACAAGAACUUGCUUGGCUUGGGAGGGUUUGGGAAGGUGUACAAGGGGGUGCUGCCCACCUCCGGCAUGGAGGUCGCGGUGAAGAGGGUGUGGCACGAAUCGGAGCAGGGGAUGAAGGAGUUCGUUGCCGAGGUUGCUACCAUCGGCCGACUCCGGCACCGCAACCUCGUGCAGCUGCUUGGGUAUUGCCGGCUCAAGGACCAGCUUCUUCUGGUCUACGAUUACAUGCCAAAUGGUAGCCUUGAGAAGCAUCUCUACAGCCACGACAACAACACUAGUACUGUACUGAAUUGGGCACAGAGGUUUCAGAUCAUCAAGGGCGUCGCGUCGGGCUUGCUCUACAUUCAUGAAGAGUGGGAGCAAGUUGUGAUCCAUCGAGACGUCAAGGCGAGCAAUGUUCUCCUCGACAGCGAGAUGAAUGCCCGGCUUGGUGACUUCGGCCUUGCAAGGCUGCGUAGCCAUGACACCGAGCUGCUGCAUACCACCGUUGUGGCCGGCACCUUUGGUUACAUUGCCCCGGAGCUGGCGCUGACAGGUAAGGCGUCCCCUCUCACCGAUGUCUUUGCCUUCGGCGCGUUCCUUCUCGAGGUCGUGACCGGAAGAAGACCUGUCGAGGAGACGAUAGAUGGAGAUCGGCUCUUGCUGGUUGACUGGGUGUUCGAGCAAUGGCGCAAGGAUCAGUCACUCAUUGAGGUAGUAGUGGACCCCAGAAUUCAAGGAGAUUAUGACGUGAAUGAGUUAAGCCUGACAUUGAGGGUGGGGUUGCUGUGCUCACAUCCAUUGGCCAGCGUGAGGCCAAGCAUGAGAACAGUGAUGCAGUACCUAGCUGGGGACAUGCCGCUUCCGGAGCUGACGAUGCCGACUCACAUGGGCAUCAUGAGCAUGCUGGCGUUGUUGCAAAGCCAAGGGUUCGACUCAUCUGUCAUGGCCACUUCAUCGUCGUCGUCAUCGUCGAUGAGGAGCUCAAGUACUCUACUCUCUCAAAAGGGAGAUGACAAGAGUAACGUACACGUUCCAUGAAGCCAAGAUUUUCUUAAUUAGGAUUUAUUCAGCAAAAGACAUACACGUACAGGAACUAUAUAUACAGAUUAUAUAGAAGUAUAAAUUACAUUGCUUCUGUUUUUUCUCU